AUCUUUGUGCUGCACACGAAAGGGAAAGGAAACGGCGACUUCUCCAUUCCAAACCCCCCCUUCUCUCUCAUCUUUAGCCGUAACGAGUGUUUGAUCGAUCGGAAGCUUUUGAGACGAGUAACGUUUAUUCCUCGGUUUUCAGGGUUUCGUGGUUGUUUUUCUGACUUCCCCUCCCCGCGGAAGCCUGCUGUUGACCGUGAGGAAUUUGCUUCGCGUGAAAUUCCAGGCGCCAGAUUUAUCGAGCCCGACUGCACAAAGUUGAUUGGCAAGCUAGCUAGCUAGCCACCUAGCUAACUCUUAGCUAGCUUACUUGCUAACUAGCUUGCAGUGCUGGUCGGGGGAGCCCGUUUUUUUGCGGACAGUUUUGGGGGCGUCGUUUUUUGUCACUGCCCUGCAACUGCUCGUGGCUGUUUCCUCUGAAAUCUGAAGACUAUUUGCGGUGAGGUUCAUAUCGGUAAGCCGGUUGUUCCUAGCUAGCGUGCUCGAUAUAGCCUGCUAGCUAAUACCCUGCGUAUUUAGCCUGGAAGCCAAUUCAAGGCCUCAGUCCAGCACCACCAUCAGCUGCCACUACCACCAGAGUAUUUGCAUUGCCGUGCAGUGAGAGUUGACAGCUUACUUGGUGACACAGAGACUUCUCCCUGAGGAGCCAAGAAGCAGACGGCUCAUGACUUCUGACCAGGACACGAAAGUUGUAGCUGAACCACAGGUGCAGCAAGUGCAAGAGGCAAAAGAGAACUCUCAUUUGGAAUCCGCCAAGGUUUCAGACCUCAACCCCAAUGCGAAAGCAUGGGCCAACCACAUGUUUAGCCUGGACCCCAGCGGGAGUGCUGACACCACAACUGCUGCCCUGCAGCCAUGGAAGGAAGGCUGCGAUAGUUCGGCCGACCCCGGCCCAGAAGGCUAUGAAGCCAGUGAAGACAAAGUUUACAAGGAGCCUCUACUAACCGACCCAGAUGAGCCUCCACCGGCACCAGUAAUGCUGGCCGAGCCGGCCCCCGUGGCCUCCGUCACCCUGGAGUGCUCCGAGCCAACCCUCUCAGAAUACCCCGAGCCUGGGCAACCAGGGCGCACAGCAGGCACUGAACCCCAGCAAGAGAAUCCCCAGGAGGGCCUGAGGGAGCACCUGAAGAAGACCUUGGAGUUCUGUCUGUCCCGGGAGAAUCUGGCCAGUGACAUGUACCUCAUCUCCCAGAUGGACAGUGACCAGUAUGUGCCAAUAGUGACGGUGGCCAACCUGGACCACGUCAAAAAGCUCAGCACUGAUGUGGAGCUGAUCGUCGACAUUUUACGAUCGCUGCCACUGGUCCAAGUGGAUGAGAAGGGGGAGAAGGUGCGACCCAAUCAGAACCGCUGCAUCGUGAUCCUCAGAGAGGUUCCUGAGAGCACGCCCAUAGAGGAGGUCGAGGCUCUUUUUAAAGGGGACAACUUACCCAAGUUCAUCAACUGUGAAUUUGCCUACAACGACAACUGGUUCAUCACCUUUGAAUCAGAAGCAGAUGCACAGCAGGCAUAUCAGUAUCUGCGUGAGGAGGUGAAGACCUUCCAAGGGAAGCCUAUUAAGGCGAGGAUAAAGGCGAAGGCAAUCGCUAUCAACACUUUCAUACCAAAGAACGGUUACCGGCCGGUGGAGGUGAACCCGUACGCCCAGCAGCGCUACACGUCCUACUACAUCCCGCCGGUUUACAGCCCCCAGCAGCAGUUCCCCUUAUACAGCCUCAUCACACCGCAGGCCUGGUCCGCCACACACAGCUUCAUCGACCCCACAUUGGUUGCACCAUUUCACAACAACCAGUUCAUCAAUGGAUUCACCACAUCACACAGUUUCAAACCAGCGACGUCCCCGCUCACCGUCAGACACUACUCGCCCAGGAACAGGAAUCACAGUAAACCUCACUUGAGGCCGACCAUCCCCACAGUGGACCGCAGCGCCGGCCUCCUCGACAACCCGGGCCUCUUUCCCAGCUUCCCCAGCGAGAGGCUCAACGGAGUCCGCAGCAGUCCACCAACACGACUCCCCACCAGCCAGCCCAGAACCAGGUUACCCUCCACCACCGCCUUCCCACGCAGGGACACCGUGGGCACGGGGCGAGUAACGGAGCCCACGACCACAGACUACUCUCUGGGUAUUAGCAGAGGAAGGAAAAAUGUUUCUGCUUCUAGGAAAAAGAGGGACGAAAAGUUUACAAGAGUGACGCCUCAGUCGCCGCCUCCUCCUCCCAAACCCCCGUCUCCGAGCUUCGAGCUGGGCCUGUCCAGCUUCCCUCCCCUGCCCGGAGCAGCCGGCCAGCUCAAGACCGACGACGUGUUUGACAACCGGCUGGCCAGCAGCGUCGUCGUCGGAUCCGCAAAGGAACGGAAUGUAAGUGCUGACUCCAGCACUGGAGGCGCUCUGUCUCCAGCAGGCCCCAAAGAGCCUCUUCGGUCCUCCACCUCCCCAAUGCCCACAAGCUUCCAGCCCUCGCCGACCACCCCGACCCCAGCCUCAGCCUCAGCCUCAGCCUCAGCCUCAGCAUCAGCCUCAGCCUCAGCCUCAGCCUCAGCUUCAACCUCAGCCCCGACCCUCACCCCAGCUGCCGGCCCGCCACACAGUCCCGCUCCCUCCCUCCCAGCAGCGGAGGUGAAGGUGACGGAGGUAAAGCCGAAGGAGGUGCAGUUAACUGUGGAGCGAGUUCCCGGCACUCUGUCCACUGCAAGCAAAUCGGUGCAAGUCAACGGUGCUGCCACGGAGCUGAGGAAGCCCUCCUAUGCUGAGAUCUGCCAACGGGUGAAGGACGCCCCAACAUUACAGCAACCGCCGACCCCCAAGGAAGCCAAGCCAGCCUGCGCUGCCCCCGCAGGCGAGGAGAGGAAGUGCCCCGACGCCUCCAUCCCGGCAGGAGAGGCCAAGGCCCGAGAGACAUACCCCCCCUCCUCCAAACCCGGCUCGGCCACCCCGGGCAGACCCCCGAGGGACGCCCGAAGGCCAGCCGGGCGGUGGGCGUCCCCGCCUCCACAUCCAGGGAAAACCCCCAGCAAAGAUCCCCACCACACCCCACCCAAGUCCCCGCAGUAGGGCGACUCCCCUCUGCCCCUCCCUGUGUCCUCCAGCCUCCCCCACUACGCUCCACUGAUGCGUUAAAAAAAGGAAAUAUAAGUCAGGGCUACUCAAUACUUAUAUCCCAGACUCACCAGUCACAACAAGCAUAGAGGACGCCUUCUUUUCUGGAUCAGGGCUUGCAGACAAAAAGCACUUUACUGUGCAUGUAGAGCACCGUUUCAUUCUUUUUAUUCUAUUUAUUUGCUUUUUUUUUUUUUUUUUUUUUAAUUUUCAGUUUUAUUUCUCCUUUUUCUCUUUUUUGCAUUGCGUUACUUGUGUCAGCCGAUGAGUCGGCACAGACGACACGGAAAUUUAUUCAUUCUGUCCAAAUGGCCUUGUGGGAUUAAAUUAGCGUGUGUGUGUGUGUGUGUGUGUGUGUGAGUGAGUGAGUGAGUGAAGCAGCAGGGGCAUUGUUGGACGCCACCCCAGUGGAUGAUGGGAAAGAGCGCGUACAACAGACUCCGCCUUGUGUGGGCUCUCAUAGUGAGGGGUCUGUUUGCAUGACGAGUGGCACCGUUGUGCAACUUUGUGUAGCUUCAUUAUGGGUCACGAUUAGCAGAUGUGUUUUAUUUUAAUACAUAUUCACAUCCAUAUGCAAAACAAAACAUCUGAAUCUCAUCGCAACAAGACUCAAAUCCUUCAGUUUACAUCGCCUCAAAGUGAAUUUUCUUGAAGAUUUUGAUAACGUAUUUUUUUUCUUCAGCAGCUCAGCUUCGUUCGUCUGUCGGUACAGUUACUGCUGGUAAUCGUUCUUCUUCCUCUGACGAGUUUCUCUGUAAAGAAUCGGCUCUCUGCUGCUGCUGUUUUUUUUUUACUGUUUGCUAACACUGCUAACUGGCUAGCUGUAUUGCGUAGCUUGUGUCUAAAAUGGGAGAUCAGUGCUGAGAAAAAGGCAUCUUGGACCUGUUGUUGUCGUUUGUUGGCCAGAAUUUGACUAUUGGAAACGCCUGAAAGUUGGUUAAGGUGUGUCUGUGUGUGUGUGUGUGUGUGUGUGUGUUGAGUCAGGGGAAGCUCAGUUUUCACGGCAUUGUGGUUUUUGGGAAAGCUUGAGAAGCUUUGGCGGCUGCGGCGCUCUCUUCUCUCCUCGUUUCCUGCUAGAAAAAAAACAAACAAAGAACCUGUGGAAUGAAUCCAUUAGCAGGCUGACAUUUCAGAUCCAGUUGUGAUGAUCAAACGGCGGCCUUCUCGUCUGAGGCGGGUCCGUUCACGCUGGAGGUGAGGAAACACUGGCGAGCUGAGAUGAGGAAGGAGGAAGUUAACACUAGCUACCAUUCAGACGCUCUGACAGUUUAGCACUGUGACGGGUAACUCGCGGCCUUAAGAAGACGACGACCUUGUUCUGAAUAUCUGCUGAUACAAAAAGUUUCAGUUUGAAGUUUGGGGAACGGAGGCGUGGCCGCGGGAUGUUUCCAUUUCUUUCCUCUAGAUAUGGUGCUAGACGUCGAAUCCUGGAAUCUGUUACUACAACUCAUCUAGCUAAACUAGACUCACAUCUACAUAACUGUAAUUGCACUGUUCGUGUUUCCUCGGACUCGGAGGGGCAAAGGUUUCAUUAUCCUGGCUGAAGCGUAAAAAAAAAAGGGAAUUGAUCCUUUUAAAAGUCAAAGAGGAAACAAACCUUCAGAAAAUCAAACCCUGACACAAUCGCUCGAGUGUUUCUGUUUUGUUGUUCUGCCUUGUGGAUGCCUGUUGAACACACUGCAGUGAAGGACGGACGUUCAGGCAGCGUCGCAUGACUUCGCAGAGUGGAUCGGCUUGUUAUAUUGUGCAAAUAUCAUCAUUAUUAUUAUUAUUAUUAUUAUUAUUAUUAUUAUUAUUAUAAUUAUUUUCUUUUUUUCCUCAAGGAGUUUGGUGCUUUUAUAAGCAUGCUGUGGUUUUGGAGUUUGGCCUCAAGGGUUUUCAUUGCAGAGUGCUCGUAGAACUGAUGAACGCAGAAAGUGAGACGGUUGAAUAGAUCUAGAACAUUUUACUAAAACUAAACCGAUGAAGGUAAACGAUGAGUGGGCUUUUUUUGGAAUGUAGUUUGCCACGUUGGAGUGUGGAAGAGGUUUUUGAUGGGAGUCCCAUCGUCGGGGCUCGUGUGAACUGUGUUGAACCAAACGUCCUGUAGAGAAAUUUUAAAAAACUGUUAACAAGCAGCCGAGAGCGGAUGGAUUUACAGCAGGGAAGUCUGAAACUGUCGUGUGGAAUCAUCCUCGGGGUGAAGAUGUUCAGCUCCUCCUCUUCGAGUCUUUAACACGAGUUGUUUGUCGUUUUAUGUUUUUCUGUCCGCAUGCUCCCUCGUCGGAUCCUUCUAGUUCGAGUUUGCACUCUUUUGAUUUGAGGGUUUCUUUUUUGUUUGUUUGUUUGUUUGAUUGGUUUUUGUUUUCCUUCUAAAAACAUUGAAGAAAGAUUGAUCCAGCACACUUCCUGCUUCACUCCUGCGUUCCUGGGAUAUAAACUGCACCUUUUUUUUUUUUUUUUUUUCAAAGCACAGAGUAAAAGGAAAAACAUUCACAUCCUUUACUCACCUUGAGCCCUUCAGAUUGUGGUUCCGGACGGAGGCGCUAACAGAACCACACUCAGUCGGGCUCAGUGGGACUCAAUCAAGAAGCAUUUCGGAUGACAGAUGUUUGUCGGGGGAGUGAAGCAGCAAGGAGAGGAAACCUGUCGGUCAGAUUUUGUUUAAAUUCAAACUUGGGUUGGGAGGUCUGUCUACUGUAGCAGCCACUUUGGCAGAUAACCAACCGAGAUAUUUACUGUAUUCUAAAGAUGUAAUUGGCCGGAGAAGUGUAAAGAAUUAUUGGUAUACGAGUGGCGACUGAAGAUGACAGUUAAAUGAUUAAACUGUAAUUAUGGAAAAGUCAGAAGUUUGUUUUGUGGGACUGUGAGGCGAGUUUCCCUCCCUGCUGUGUGCUCGGCUCAAUCUUUUUAUUAUUAUUUUUUUUUUAAAGAUGCAAAACACCCAUAAAAAGAUUUAAAAACAAAAAAACCAACAAACCACUGUACUAUACACGAUAUCUGUUCGGGGGGGAGGGGACACAAACCUAAAAACCACGUGGGACCUUUGCACGUCUCGCCAAAGUCUUCCUGCAUCAAGAAGCAUUCUGGGUAAUCCCACUAAGAGGAAACAGGAGCCCAUCUGGCGCAGGGAACGCUUCAUUAAAAAAAAGCCUGUACUCCUGCUCAUAGCUGCUUUUGAUUUGGAUGCGAAAUCUUGAGUUGAUAAUAUAUAUAUUUUUUCUUUUUGAUUAUUUUCUUUGAAGGACUGAGAUGCACUUGGAUGGGUCGAAUUUCUUUUUUGUUUUGUUUUUUGUCUCAUCAGUGGAAAUGGUAAAAAGAGAAAAUUGCACCAUAUCCACUUAUUUAUAAACCAAUGCUGUUUAUUCCAUGAGAAAUAUCGUUAAGUUUUCUUUUUUUUAGGGAGAAGAGAAAAAAAAAGAUAGAGAUGCAUCAAGGUCUCUAAUGUAUACGCAAAAUGUAAAGAGAGAAAAAAAAUAUUUCCAUCCAGUGUUUGAGAAACUUGAAUUUUAUUUAAACUUGAAAAAUGACUUUGCCUUAACUUUUAUACAAGACAAGCAUAGAGUUUAUUUCUUUUCAACAACAACUAAAAAAAACAACAAAUCCCCAAAAUGCUAACGAAGCGUGACGCGUGGAAAAUAUUUAGUCGUACUGGACGUCACAAGUCUUACUGACAGAGAGAGAGAAAGUACAAAUCUAGCAGCGUUUUCUUUCUUUCCCCCUUUUUAUUUUCGGUUUUUGUAAACUGUACGAAAAAGACUCGUUUCGAUUGUUUUGUUUAAUUGUUUGAUAGUUUCAGGUUGUGUGUGUUUCUUUUUUUUUUGGGCGGGCUGGGGGAUAUAAACCUUGUAAAUGCAAAACUAGUCAAUACUGUAUUAAAUUUGUGCACUUUGAAGUGUGUGCUUUGCUUGUACAGUUGUAAAUACUCAGAAAAAUAUAAGAGGUACCUUAAAAUGAUUAUAAAAAUAUAUUGAUCUUGUUGAACUAUUAAUGUCGCUAUCGAGCUGGAUGUAGGAUAUAAAAACAAAAAAAAAACUUAAUGUUGUGCUUUUGGAAAUAUUUUUCUUUAACUCUUUUUUUUUUUUUUUUUGUAUUCUUAGUUUGGGUGUGCGGAGUUUGAAUUCUGCUCCAGGCUGCAGGCUGGGCAGGUCGUCUGAUUGUAAACUCUUCUUUGUGUUUUUGUUUCUUUUCUUUUCGUCCUUCAUUCCAUUUUUCGUCCCUGUGUGGUCACCUGGCUGUACAGGUGUGUCCUCAGACCACUCCCCCCCUCCUCACUGUGCACUAAUUGGGAAGAGCCUGUGGUACUGACGAGCAUCUUAUUAACGUAACGUACGAAGCUGCGUGUCCAACAACGUCCUCUUUUUUUUUUUUUUUUUGAAAGCUUCGGCUUCUUUUCGCCCCCUUUCUUUUUAGCACAAGGAUCUAAAAAAACUGCGCUAAAAAAAAAAAAGCACUACUCGUCAGACUUUUUUUCUGAUGAAAGGUGUUUUCGACAUUUUGAAAUAUUACCGUUGUAAUACCGAGAGAAUUUAAUAGAUGUAAAUUAAAAGCUACGAUGAACAGCUUUAAAAAUAUUAAUGUUUAACAAGAGGAUUGUAAUGUUGUCGCGGAGGAAAGCAGCCUCGUGUAGACGUGAGACACUAAUACGCUACAUCGAUAUUUACCGUGACGAUUAUGACACGUUCAUACUUACACAGCUCAGCAGUUUAGUAUAAUCAAACUGUACUGUGUCCACAUUAGGUGGGCAGCAUGACUAGACAAUAUUUAAUGUUAAACAAUGUUAACAACACACCUUAAAAAUAUAAGAAUUAUGCUGACAUCUGUUCGGUGUAAAGGGUCACAUUUAAUGCAGUUUUUUCAAGUUUCUAUUUAUUACUUAUAAAGUUGAGGGGAAUUUCAAUUUGGUUGUUCUGUCUUCUGAGUAUUUAAGUUAUUGAAUGUGACUCUUUACUGUGAACUCGUGUAAAUGGAAGAAUUUAGGUAAUUAGAAUAAGUAAAGUCAGUGUUUUAGGAAAAUCAUCAGACAGUAGCGAUCUGAAGUUCUGCCUCUUUUUAAGUCUUCGGCAGGAUAAUCGCGUCAAUCGGUUCUUUUUGUUGGUUUUGCUGAAAGGCCAAAAAAUCUGAACAAUCUGUGGUUUUCUGUUCAGUUUCAAAGACAAAUGAAUUUCCUUUUUAAGUUUAGUGGGUUGUAAAAAUAUAAGCUAAGCUAGGCUAACCACGUCCAGAUUACAGAGAGGCACCGUCAGGAACCAUCUGACUGAUCAGACGAGACACUUUUGAUUCUGCUUCACAAUUUGGUCCGUACUAAAAAAGGUUUUGACGUUGGAUACCAGUUCUUACUCAUGAGCUUCGAUAGUCUACCUACAGCUGAGACUCAUGGGAGAUGUAGUUGUUGCGUGCCAGUAGAUUUUGAGUUUGUCUUUGUCGGACUCCAGCUGGUGUUCGAAACAAUUCAGAUCAGGAUCUGGUUUCUUUUAUGGAUAGAAAACCACAGAAACUUGAUUUAGCCUUUCAGAUAAACGCAUAAAAAAAGAAAAUCUCCAGCAAAAUCCAACAACUGACAGCUAGAAGCAGCAGAAAGUCGUGCAGGACUUCUCUCUAUUUUCCCCGUGACGUACCGGGUCGGUGUGAGCUUACCAUUCACUACGAGCUGCUCCUCCUCUGGCCGGCUUUAAAAUAAAAAGAAUGACGCCUGAUGGACACGUCUCAGCUUUGUCUUCUGUCUUCAGACACUCUGUGCUUAAAGGCGAUCUGAUUGUGUGAAUCCCAGUUGACGAUAUCAAAAUGAAGCACACUCAAAGCACAUUUCAGAACUUCAGCUUGUACGACACUCGACGUGGGAGAACUUCAGACCUGUGGAUUGUAAAUUCUGGCGACACCGAGCAGGUUAAAAUGUUGGAUUUGUUGUUGAGCUAAAAGUUUCCCCACGUCGAGCGUCGCUGCAGCCAAAAGAAACCAUUCAAACCUGUUCCAUGUUGUUGUGUCUCGACCUUCUCCUGAUUUAUCUGUUUGAGGGUUCUUGUUCAUGUUCUGCAGCUUUCAUGAUUUUUCCCUCUCCUGAGAAAUAAAUGUACAAAUAAUUUUCUUAUGUGCUUUUUUUUUGUUUUUGUUUGGGGGGACAGAAGCGGAGGCUCAACUGGAAUCAUAUUUGUUUUUGAUAUUUUUUUUUUUUUCCUUUUUCAUGUGUUUCAGAGUGAGUUUUUUUUCUGGCACAUACAGAACAUUAACAUUCUCCGAUUGAGAUGUCUGUUUAAAAACCAUUUGAUCACAUGUGGACUGCAUUUUGAUGUGGCAAAGAAAACCAAUAACUGUGCCAUUAUACAACUGUUGUUUUUGUCUUGACUGGGCAGUUUAACCUGUACAUAGCUGAGCGCUUGCCAUCUCGGGCUUUUAGUUUGGUUUUUUUGGUUUUUUUUCGUGUUUUAUUUUUGAAGAUGAGAUUUUCUUGUUACUGAAAGUCCAUCAAAAGACGUCUCACGUCUGGAGAAAUCUACAAUGUGACACCACUGACUGUAGGAGCGGUUCUCGUGCGUUGUAACUUGCGGUCGAUCCCUGCUGAGGCACGUUUGACCUCGAACUCUUGAGACGUAAAGAAAAAAAAAAACAACAACAAAAAAAACACAGACGCUGAUUACAAACUGAACAUCCCUGAACUGUGAAUGUGUGCAUGUGCAGGGGGCGGGGAGAAAAAAUAUAUAUAUAUAAAUGUACCACCCAGAAAUCCAGACCGAAGUUAAAAGGUGACUCUUUCUGACGCGUGGUACCUCAAGACUGGACGGUAUCGCUUCAAGGGAUCUCUCAUUUUGGCGGCGAGAUGGCCGCAAGUUCUGCACGCCUCUCCUGUAUCGCUGGCAUUAAACACAAACGCUCACGAUGUGGCGUUUUAGAGGAGCUCCUUUUUCUCUCAUGGACUUCUGCAUGGAGCGUCAACACCUCAUAUCAGCCUGUCGGUCGCCUCAGCUCUCAGUCUCCUUCCUUGUUCGCACGUUUCGACAGUGCCGUUGGGGUUUUUUUUUUUUGUUUGUUUUUGUUUUUUUCCUCAAGGGUUGCAUCUUGUCGUAAAAGUGGACUCCCUUGUGGUAGUUUUUUUUUUUUUUCUUCAAAGAUAUAAUAACGAAUGCACACCAACUGACUGGAACAAGACUCGAUCUCUUUAUCAACUCACUGUGGUUUAACUCAUUAACACUCUUACCAUGCUACGCUAACAGCUGUGGACAAUCGAUGACUCCAUCACGUUGGGGGUUCGGACAGAUAAUUUUUUGCCUAACGACACCUUUAACAGAUGUGGAAUGGAGGUUUGCGUUCAAGAGGGCUUCUUUUUUAGCGUUUGUUUUUUGUUUUUGUUUUUUUCGUUGGGUCUAUUCUUCCAUCGAGACUGGAAUCAAGCGUACAUGUCAGCUAUAGGUAAUUUAAGUUACUCUGUGUCAUGAUGUAAAACUGUCUAAUUUGGAGAAAAAAAUGUAGCUUACUGAAAAAUAAAGAUUUAGGCACUGUUGAGGA